CACACUCUAACACAUCAGGAAUUGCUUCGCUGUACUAUAAAUGUAGUUCCACUAAUCACAGGUUGCUUUGCCUAACACACAUACAGGUAACUGCCAAAUUAAAGGAAACACUUCAGUAAAUGAGGGAUACAAAGUAUAUUGAAAGCAAGUGCUCCCACACAGGUGUGGUUCCUGAGUUAAUUAAGCAAUUAACAUCCCAUCAUGCUUAGGGUCAUAUAUAAAAAUGCCCAGUUGCCCAUUAUUUUGCCUACCAUGGCUAGAAUAUCUCUGUGUCUUUGAAAGAGGGGUCUCAAAGGAGCAUAGGAGGUUUCAUGGGUGUGUGUGUGUUUUUGCUCAGUCAUCAGAUCUCAACCCAAUUGAACACACCUGACAAAGCGUUUUCUACAACCAUUAACAAAACACCAAAUUAUGGAAUUUCUUGUGGAAGAAUGGUGUCACAUCCCUCCAGUAGAGUUCCAGGCACUUGAAGAAUCUAUGCCAAGGCGCAUUGAAGCUGUUUUGGCUUGUAGUGGCCAAACGCCCUAUUAAGGCGCUUUAUGUUGGUGUUUCCUUUAUUUUGGCAGUUACCUGUGCAUUCGGAAAGUAUUCAGACCCAUUGACUUUUCCCACAUUUUGUUACGUUACAGCCUUAUUUUAAAAUGUAUUUUUUUUAAAUCCUCAAAUCUACACACAAUACCCCAUAUUGACAAACAUAAUUAAAAAUCCAUUUAUUAAAAAUAAAAAAAACAGAAGUGCCUUAUUUACAUAAGUAUUCAGACCUUUGCUAUGAGACUCAAAAUUUAGCUCGGAUGCAUCCUGUUUCCAUUGAUCAUCCUUGAGAUAUUUCCACAACUUGGAGUCCACCUGUGGUAAAUGAAAUUGAUUGGACAUGAUUUGGAAAGGAACACACCUGUCUAUAUAAGGUCCCACAGUUGACAGUGCAGGUUAAAGCAAAAACCAAGCAAUGAGGUUGAAGAAAUUGUCAGUAGAGCUCUGAGACAGGAUUCUUUCAAGGCACAGAUCUGGGGAAGGGUACCAAAAAUGUUUUGUAGCAUUGAAGGUUCCCAAGAACACAGUGGCCUCCAUCAUUCUUUAAUGGAAGAAGUUUGGAACCACCAAGACUCUUCCUAGAGCUGGCCGCCCGGCCAAACUGAGCAAUCGGGGGAGAAGGGCCUUGGUGAGGGAGGUGACCCGUUGGUCACUCUGACAGAGCUCUAGAGUUCCUCUGUGGAGAUGGGAGAACCUUCCAGAAGGACAACCAUCUCUGCAGUACUCAACCAAUCAGGCCUUUAUGGUAGAGUGGCCAGACAGGAGCCACUCCUCAGUAAAAGGCACACGACAGCCCACUUAGAGUUUGCCAAAAGGCACCAUAAUGACUCUCAUACCAUGAGAAACAUGAUGAAACCAAGAUUGAACUCUUUGGCCUGAAUGCCAAGUGUCACUUCUGGAGGAAACCUGGCACAAUCCCUACAGCGAAUCAUGGUUGUGGCAUCAUCAUGCUGUUGGGAUGUUUUUUAGUGGGAGGGACUGAGAAACUAUUCAGGUUUGAAGAAGAAAGGAGAUGAACGGAGCAAAGUACAGAGAGAUCCUUGAUGAAAACCUGCUCCAGAGAGCUCAGGACCUCAGACUGGGUCGCAUAUUCACCUUCCAACAGGACAACGACCCUAAGCACACAGCCAAGACAAUGUAGAAGUGGCUUCGGGACAAGUCUCUGAAUGUCCUUGAGUGGCCCAACCAGAUCCCGGACUUAAACCCGAUCAAACAUCUCUGGAGAGACCUGAAAAAAGCUGUGCAGCGACGCUCCUCAUCCAACCUGACAGAGCUUGAGAGGAUCUGCAGAGAAGAAUGGGAGAAACUCCCCAAAUACAGGUGUGCCAAGUUUGUAGCAUCAUACCUACGAAGACUCGAGGCUGUAAUCACAGCCAAAGGUGCUUCAACAAAGUACUGAGUAAAGGGUCUGAAUACUUACAGUACCAGUCAAAAGUUUGGACGCACCUACUCAUUCCAGGGUUUUUAUUUAUUUUACUAUUUUCUACAAUGUAGUAUAAUAGUGAAUACAUCAAAACUAUGAAAAAAUACACAUAUGGAAUCAUGUAGUAACCAAAAAAGUGUUAAUAACCUGUUAAGCCUACCCCCUACUUUUUCGAACAUUCUGUUAAAAAUCGCGCAACAUUUCAGAGUCCUGCUACUCAUGCCAGGAAUAUAGUAUAUGCAUAUGAUUAGUAUGUGUGGAUAGAAAACACUCUGACGUUUCUAAAACUGGUUAAAUCACGGCUGUGACUAUAACAUAACGUGUGUUUCAUCGAAAAGCGCAAGAAAAACUGAUCACUGAAAACUGGAAAAUAUAUCAAUGCGCCACUUGCAUGUAUUGUCUAUUGGAAAGCAAAUGACAUGGGGCUGAGAUUGCAAGUCCUACAGCUUCCACAGGAUGUCGCCAGUCUUGUCAAUUGCCUGGGCUUUGUUUCUUGGUCAAACGAGUAAGAGAGAGCCCAUUCCUUCCGGUCUCUGACAGGAUGUUUUGGAUGAGAAAUUUCCGAACAUGAUUUCAAGACGUGGAGCUAUUGAAUACACAUCGCCCCGUGAUCAAUUUGAUAGAUUAUUAACGUUUACUAAUACCUAAAGUUGGAUUACAAAAGUAUUUCGAAGUGUUUUGUGAAAGUUUAUCGUCAACUUUUUUAAUUUAAAAAAAUGACGUUGCGUUUUAAAACGCUGUUUUUUCCUUGAUCACACACUUUCCAUAGAUCGAUAUUUAGGGUAUAUAUGGACCGAUUUAAUCGAAAAAAAAGACCCAAUAGUGAUGUUUAUGGGACAUCUAGGAGUGCCAACAAAGAAGAUCGUCAAAGGUAAUGAAUGUUUUAUAUUUUAUUGCUGCGUUUUGUGUAGGGGACGUAAACAAAAUAAUUAGCAUAGCCGGCGGGCUAUGCUAAUUAUUUUGUUUACGUCCCCUUCAGGUAUUUCGGGGUGUUGCAUGCUAUCAGAUAAUAGCUUCUCAUGCUUUCGCCGAAAAGCAUUUAAAAAAUCUGACUUGUUGGCUGUAUUCACAACGAGUGUAGCUUUAAUUCAGUACCCUGCAUGUGUGUUUUAAUGAACGUUUGAGUUUUAACAUUUAGCGUAGCGCAUUUGCAUUUCCAGAUGGCUGGGUGGGACGCAGACGUCUCAGGGGACGCUAAGAGGUUUUAAACAAAUGAAAUUAGAUUUUAUAUUUCAGAUUCUUCCAAGUAGCCACCCUUUGCUUCGACGACAGCUUUGCACACUCUUAGUAUUCUCUCAACCAGCUUCACCUGGAAUGCUUUUCCAACAGUCUUGAAAGGAGUUUCCACAUAUGCUGAGCACUUGAUGGCUGCUUUUCCUUCACUUUGCGGUCCAACUCAUCCCAAACCAUCUCAAUUGGGUUGAGGUCGGGUGAUUGGGGAGGCCAGGUCAUCUGAUGCAGCACUCCUUCUUGGUCAAAUAGCCCUUACACAGCCUGAAGGUUUGUUGGGUCAUUGUCCUGUUGAAAAACAAAUUAUAGUCCCACUAAGUGCAAACCAGAUGGGAUGGCGUAUUGCUGCAGAAUGCUGUGGUAGCCAUGCUGGUUAAGUGUGCCUUGAAUUCUAAAUAAAUCACUGACAGUGUCACCAGCAAAGCACUCCCACACCAUCACACCUCCUCCUCCAUGCUUCACGGUGGGAACCACACAUGCGGAGAUCAUCCGUUCACCUACUCUGUCUCACAAAGACACGACAGUUGGAACCAAAAAUCGCAAAUUUGGCCUUAUCAGACCAAAGGACAGAUUUCCACCAGUCUAAUGUUACUUGGCCCAAGCAAGUCUCUUCUUUUUGGUGUCCUUUAGUAGUGGUUUCUUUGCAGCAAUUUGACCAUGAAGGCCUGAUUCAUGCAGUCUCCUCUGAACAGUUAAAAAAACAGAUAAAGCAACGCCUCUCCCCUAUUUGACCGAGAUAGUUUGUGUGUAUACAUUGAUAUGUAGGCUACGUGUGCCUUUUUAAUAAUGUAUGUAGUUCUGUCCUUGAGCUGUUCUUGUCUAAUGAUGAUCUGUAUUGUGUCAUUCUGUAUUAUGUUUCAUGUUUUGUGUUGGACCCCAGUAUGAGUAGCUGCUGCUUUUGCAACAGCUAAUGGGGAUCCAAUAAAAUACCAAAUACCAAUACCAAACAUUUGAUGUUGAGAUGUGUCUGUUACUUGAACUCUGAAGCAUUUAUUUGGGCUGCAAUUUCCAAGGCUGGUAACUCUAAUGAACUUCUCCUCUGCAGCAGAGGUAACUCUGGGGCUUCCUUUCCUGUGGCGGUCCUCAUCAGAGCCAGUUUCAUCAUAGCGCCUGGUUUUUGUGACUGCACUUGAAGAAACUUUCAAAGUUCUUGAAUUUUCCGCAUUGACUGACCUUCAUGUCUUAAAGUAAUGAUGGACUGUCAUUUCCCUUUGCUUAUUUGAGCUGUUCUUGCCAUAAUAUGGACUUGGUCUUUUAUCAAAUAGGGCCAUCUUCUGUAUACCACCCCUACCUUGUCACAACAACUGGCUCAAACACAUUAAGGAAAGAAAUUCCACUAUUAAACUUAAGGCACACCUCUUAAAUUAAAUGCAUUCCAGGGGACUAUCCCAUGAAAGCUGCCAUCAAGGCAAAUGGUGGCUACUUUAAAGAAUCUCAAAUAUAUAGUUUAACACUUUUUUGGUUCCUACAUGAUUCCAUGUGUUAUUUCAUAGUUUUGAUGUCUUCACUAUUAUUCUACAAUGUUGAAAAUAGUAAAAAUAAAGAAAAACCCUGGAAUGAGUAUAUGAGUCCAAACUUUUGACUGGUACUGUUAAGAUAUUUUAUCAAGGUUUAAGAUAAAUGGUUAAAUAAUUCUACCCAGAAACUUAACCAUUAGGAUUAGAGGUUAUGUAGCAUGAACAAGGAGUAAUUAAAAAUAAUAAACACAGCUCCAACUGGGUUGGAGGGGGGGAAGAGAGGAAUGCAUGUGUGUGCCUAACGAAAACAAAGAGGAUCCUUAACCUAUGUUUGAACCGACCCAGCUAUAUAUCUGUGAAGAUAAAAUAAGACAGCGAGAGCCCCUCCAGGUUUUCCGUAUCUGGGGGGGACUGGAACUAUCUGCUAAGUGGUAAUAAACUGUGGUGAGACUUCAGGAGAUAAUCCAGAUAUAGUGUGUAAUGUAUAUGCGUUAGUGGGUUGGAAUGGACUUUUGAAGCUGCUUUGUCUUUGUCAUAGAAGAGGAUCUAAAACGUUAUUGGACGAAAUGUGAGGUAUAUAAACCAAUAUACAUGGUAUUAUGACCAGAGCGCUCUCGAGAAUAAAUGUUAUUGGCUAAUUUUGAUUGACUGGUCUCUGUCUAUUUUAUGCAAAUAAGAAUCUUACAAAUUCUUAUAAAACAGUGUUUUAAAUUGAAUUGGUUGUUGAACACAUAAGAACUAAAUUCAUCUAACAGGUACUGUAUGUAAAUGUGAUAUUUCUGAUAUUUUUAUAACAUUUGCUAAACUUUCCAAAAAAGUUUUGUUUUGUCUUUAUGGGCUAUUGUGUAUAGAUUAAACAGGAAAAAAACAAUUGAAUCCAUUUCAGAAUAAGUCUAACGUAACAUAAUGUGGAAAAGGUCAAGGUCUAAAUACUUUCUGAAUGCAACGUACACGCACAUGCAUGAACACCCAUACUCUUAUGAAUGAUUAUCCAACAUAAUUAGGACUUUGCUCUUUUCGGAAAUGAUUAAACUGGCCCAGUCAAUCACAAAAUGAACUUGACAAAUCAUUGUACAAUCUUCAGCCAAUUGUAGACGCUGUUUACUGACAUUCCAAUGGUUCAUCAGAGGGUGUAAAAGUGUAAUGAUUGUGUUUUAAAGGAGGAAAAUGCCUCAAUCAUAAUUUUACAGUAGUAUUAUCUUACUUUAAAAAAAAAAAUGCCAUCAAAGGAGUUGAACCUUUUAGUUGUGUAUGCAUUCACUGAUGAUUGUGUUUUCUCCUUGUUUGAUGUUUGUGAGGACUGUCGGCAGUUGCUCUGUGAGACAGGGGCCUCUCCGUGCUGCUUGGUAUUCUGCUCAGUCUCCUAGCGCUCCUCUAAGGAAGCCCAGACCCACAAUGCCUCACUUCAGCACAGCAGUGUCAGCCUAGUGAAAAGAGGAGACCGCAGGAGAGACUGAAAAUCAGUGUAAACUCAAUUCUGUCAACAGAAAUCCUUGGCCUGAAUCAGUCAUAACAUUUCCAUUUUAGCAGACACUCUUAUCCAGAGUGAUUUACAGGAGCAAUUAGGGUUACAGCGAAAGUAUUCGGCCCCCUUGAACUUUGCGAUCUUUUGCCACAUUUCAGGCUUCAAACGAAGAUAUAAAACUGUAUUUUUUGGUGAAGAAUCAACAACAAGUGGGACACAAUCAUGAAGUGGAACAACAUUUAUUGGAUAUUUCAAACUUUUUUAACAAAUCAAAAACUGAAAAAUUGGGCGUGCAAAAUUAUUCAGCCCCCUUAAGUUAAUACUUUGUAAGUGCCUUGCUCAAUGGCACAUAGGCAGGCUUUUCACCUAGUCAUCUCAGGAUUUGAACCAGCAACCUUUUGUUACUGCCUAAAUGCUCUUAAUCACUAGGCUACCCAACCCUAGUAAUUUGUUUAUACUCUAGCCAGGACAUACUGUUUAGCAUAUAAUUAAUUCAAAACAAAUCUGUGCCAAGUACAAAACCAUUUGAUUGUCAAUAACUCAGUGUCCCCAAUGUCUUGUAGUGAUAAUGCCUCUGCGUCUUUGUUACCAUCACACCGUAGUACUGUACACCGAGGUGUCACCACAAUGGCCCAGGGAAGUAAACCCUAUAGUGGGGGUAAACAAAUGCUAUCAGUGCCUCCUAGUUCAGUCAUGUCAGGUAUAGGGAGCAGGUGUUGCUGUGUCUUCCCAGACAGGUAGGCAGGGACAUGUAAGGGCAGGUAUUCAUUCAUCUCAGGAUGGUCCCCUGCUCGUAAAGCAAUGGGAGGAAUGGCAUGUCAGCUUACUGCCCACAUACAGAACAAAGAUGAGAAGGGGACUUCUGUGAUCAUAUAGUCAACCACCUCAUGAUUACCAUGUUCUGUGCAUUACUGAGGACAAACCGGUGCCAUCCUAGUCAUCUGACAUUAUGCCACUAAUGUGAGGACUAUGUUGGUGCGCUGUCCACUAGGCCUGGGAGGCAGUGAGUUCCUGCAGGUGCUUCAGCUCUCCCACAACAGGAUCUCUGGUCUGCAACCUGGAGAUCUUUGCAGGUGCCCCCAUCUGAGAGAGCUUUGCCUGCAGCACAACCACAUAUCCAACCUCCACCCACAUGCCCUCAAGGACCUCCCAGAGCUCAGGGUCCUGGAUCUGAGCUUCAACCUGUUGACCACAAUCUCUCCAUCCGCCUACCUGUCGCUACGUAACCUGAAUGCCCUGGUGGAGGUGAGUGGUAACAGGUGGAGGUGUGACUGCAGCCUGCGGAGUGUGAGGAGGUGGAUGGCCUACGAUAGGCAAAGGGCCCAACAGCAGAUCUGGAGGGGGGUGGUGUGUUCCUCCCCCUCCACCCACACAGGUAGAGACCUGCUACACUUGGAGGACAGUGACCUCACCUGCUCUACAGCGGAGAACAGGGAGGGGCUCCACCAGGAUGUGACAGUGACUGAGGGGAAAGAGAUCCUGCUGCCCUGCGGCAAGAUUCAACAUGGUGGACGACUAAUGGACAAGUUUCUGGAAGUCAGAUGGGCCUGCAGAUCAGUGACAUCACAGAGGAAGACGCAGGGCUGUACGUGUGCAUAUCUGGGCCAGAAGAACAAUAUAUAUCUGUAUUUAACAUCCAUGUUCAUAAGACACAGAGGAAAAGCAGAGGCACUAGGAGUUUACACGGGGAGAGGAAGCUGAUACACACAGAGGUAGGCAGCCUACAGAGGGAGGAUCAGGGGACAGACCUGAACUCUCUAGAUCUCCACAGGGCUUCUCAGAGAACACAGUCUGACCUGGUCCUGGCUGUCUGCCUGUCUGUAUUCAUCACCUUCCUGUUAGCAUUUAUACUUGGUGCUCUUUCCAGACCUCUCCUGGACCCUCUCUGGAGGAGGUGCUGUAACCGUACCAAGCAAAGCUCCUCCCCAGCCCAGUCGGUCUCCUCUGCUGGGCAGGGCCCCUACGACAAUGGCGCCUAUUCAGAUGAGGCGCAGGAGGAACUAGGAACACACAGGGAGAGUAGUGUGACAUUCAGAGGACAUCCUUCAGAAAUAAGGGAUCAGAGUAGCAUUCCUUACUAUGAUACGGUGGCCAAUGGCAGACAGGACAACCUCGCUGGGGAAUAUGAGAAUGCUACUCUGAUCCCUUAUUAUAUGAGCAACAUAUGAGAAUGUUUAUGCAAAGGAUAUCUCACACCCCUCCCUUGAGGUCCAUCACCCACCUGACGAGAAGCCCAGGGCACAGGACUCUGUCAGCUCAGGCAGCUCCCAACAGGACAGCCCAGAGACAGACACCCAUAGUGGAGAACUCUCUGGUGUCUCUCUGAGUGAACCACAAGUGGGUGCUCACCCAGUCCAUACCCACCAUGGCAUGGAGUUUGAACCCAUCCCUGACCCAGAACAGUUGCAGGGAUAUCGAAGCUCGUCCGUGUCUUCACACUCUGACCAGGAGAGGCCGGAUAGGGAUCAGGAUAUGCACUGGCCCAAAAACUAUUUGGCUCAAAGAUUGGAAGAGAAGUGCAAGACCCAGAACAAUCCCUGGGAACAUCAAUCCCUCCAGAAGGAAGAUGACUCCUUUGAGCAGAGUUCAGAUUUCCCUAUGGUUAAACAAGUUGAUGUGCCACAGAUCAAGAUCGGCAGCGUGGGUGAGAUCCCUGGAUUUACAGCUGAGCCCUUUAGGGAUUGGAAACCAAUCAAGGCAGAUCCAAACCCCAUGGAGCCUGAGCUGUGGAAUGACAGUGGAGAGAGCUUUGAGUUUCCUGAUUCUAUCCGAGGUGCAUCGGCACAGUCCAGCAGUCAAGAUCUCUCAGGUUCUGCUUUUGACGAUCAGUUGAGAAAGAAGUAUGAACAAGCUCGGAAUGAAGAACCGCUGGUGGAAGACCAGAGGGAGAAUAAUAAGCUGCUGGAGCUGAACCUAAGUUACAGUGGGAAUGAACCUACAGUGUACACUGUGAACUCAGAGAUGGAGGUAGUGAAGGAGAAGAUGAUUGUCCAGAAUGUGGGUGAACUGAUACAGGAAGCUCAGAGUGCUCUGAAAACACAGGAGUGCUAUGAUAUGUCCAGUGAUCGUGGGGAUGAACCCACAAAGUGCACCGUGAACGAGGAGGAUUCAGCUCAAGUUCCAGAUGUCAUGUACAGGGAUCCAUCUCUCAGUCUUGGAGACACUGUCUCUUUGGUGCCAAGGAAAACUCUCAAUAUUGGCUUUAAGAAAUACACCAAGCCCCUUCCACAGCUGUCUUUGCCAAAAACAUCCCUCCCUUUCUCCACCUCUUCAGACUCUCAAACUCAACUCUUCUAUGUCCCCCCACUUGGGAGACGUCUGGAUAGCCAUCCCCCUCAGGAAGCUCCACCUGCUGCCCCAAGAACACCCUCACCCUCUGGUUCAUCCUCUUCUAGAACCGGGAGCGAGGAUCAGACUACAAUGAACCGAAAAAGAAAAGAGAAAGCUAAGAUCCCUGACGUCACAUAUAGGGAUUACUCUCUCAGAUCUGGAGACACAUCAACUAAAGUAUCUUUCUCUCCAAGAAAAGAUCUAAAUAUUGGCUUUUCCAGCGAGAGUUCUCAAUAUCAACAUGAGUCUAUGACAAGGUACGAGAGUGUCACCAGAACAAAGGGUGUAGACUUUGAUGAAGACAGCAAGCUUCGUCCCCAAAUGUCUUUGCCCAAAACAUCACUCCUUUCCACCACCUCCUCAGACAGGGUCAGAGCUGAGGAGCCAUCAGUUAAAAUCUACAUCCCUGGACUUAGGAGGCGUCAGAAUAUUCAGCCCCCUCAGGAAGCUCCACCUGCCAAAUCAUCCUCUUCCAGCUGUGAGAGUGGAGAUGAGACUCCAAAACACACAAUGAAACCAGCUAAAGCCAUCACAGAUUAUUUUUCCCCAAGGAGAACACUCAAUAUCAGCUUUAACAACUCAGCCAGUACCACAGAUGAGGUGGAGAGGAAAACCGAAGCAGAGGACGGGUGGGAUCAGCCAAGGCUUGGUAAAGUGAAGGCGCUGUCAGAGAGAACACGAAGGGACACAGAGGAAAGUUCUACAGACAUGAAUGUUUCUUUCUCCCAAAUAAGAGCGCUCAAUAUCAACUUUGAUGCCUCAGACAGCAGCACAGACGAGGUGGGGAGGAGUACCGGAGCAGACUACAGUAACCCUACUGAAGAAAUCAGUCCCUCUCCCCAACUGUCAUUGUACAAAACAUCAAACUUUUUCUCCACCCCCACAGAUGAGGCGAGGCCUAGAGGAGAGUAUUCACUCCAAAUUCCCCUACACAGGAAGCGCUUAGUUGUAGACAUCCAGCCCCCCCUGGCUCUACCGGAUGCCCCAGCAACACCUCCACCAUCCCCAGAGGGAGAGGAGGCAGCAGGGUCUGGAUGGAGGAGUAGGGAACAACAGAUGAGAGCCAUGGAUGGAUUUGGCUGUAACUCCAUGACACAGGGAGACCGGAGCUAUAUGGGGUUAGUGGUUGCUAAACCAUUCGGCAUAUCUCGUCCAUAUCAGAGCAUUACCUCAGAAACCAUUAUGACCACCCGGUGUAGUGAGGUCUCUACCUCUGGUGACCUCAAUAUGACCUACUCCAACCCCCCCCUCCAUUUUGAAACGCACAAAGAGGGCAGUGAAGCUUGAGAGCUACCACUGUAAUUGUUUGUACUGAUUAAAGAAAUCACCUGAGAAGUUAAUGCAGCAGAUGAAAGUUGUUAAAACGUAAGUUUUUUAUUUUACAGAAUUAUACUGUUAUUACAUUGUUGUAAAUGAGUAACACCAGACAUGUUUGUCUUAAUGAAAAUAGCUGUUUAAGUGACUGAAUUAUUUCAGACUGAGGCAAAUAAAAGGUGGGACCAUUAAAACCCAAUUUCCCAGAUUCAUAUCCACCUACUUUACUCACCCAGUACCCUACUCCCCUCUAUUUUGCUACAAAAUCCUCUUCAUGACACUAUCAUAAAUAAACCUGUAAUGAAAGUC